AUGGCCGAACCUGAGUGCAUCCAACGACACCACUUCGCCAAGGUCUGCGAGCGGCGCAUCCGGCAAGGUGAUGUGCGCAAGUAUUGGUGCGGCUACGUGGAGAUUCCCAGUGCCGGGGCGCGCGGCGGCUUCGACAAAGUCGUCGACGCGGGCGCGCCCCACGCUCCCUUCUUCAUGGUGAACAAGUCGUUCGGCAUUCACGAAUCUUGGGCACGACGGUGGGCGUACCGUUUGUACAAGCACCGCCCCUCUUUUUCAAGGCGAAGCCAUUAUCGCACGCGCCUUGGAGCCCGAUCUCGCUGCCGAACGUUUGGAGAGAGAGCACGCGCCUUGGAGCCCGAUCUCGCUGCCGAACGUUUGGAGAGAGAGUUGGACCUCUUGCGGAACGCCGCCGACUGGUACCUCCCGCGGAUGGCAGAGCGCCGUCUUCGCGCGUGGCGUUCCAGCGGAGAUCGCCUGGACGUGUGCGCCAUGGACGGGAAUGCCAAGCUGUACCGGCGGACCUGCGGCACCCCUUGCGCAGAGGCCGUGCACUGCAAGGUCUUGGACACGCAUCUCGUCCGGGGGUGUUCCGAAACUCCUUUGCGCGGGGGCCUCGUGCUUUGCCGCCGCCACCAAGAGUUGACCGCGCGCGCAGACUUCCGCGAGGACAUCGAGGCGCACCGCGUCAAGGCGCCUCUGUCCGUCGGCGCUUUCCUCGAGGUCGAGGUGCGCCUGGCGGGGAAUGCAGGGUGGCAGCCUGCCGCCUCGGUGGCAGACGAAGCAGUGCAGGCUUACUUCGCCCGCAUCGCCGAGCCCGUCGUGCAGGAGCGCAAGCGCUUGCGGAUGGAGCGUCGGGGCCAGGACCGGCGGGCGCCCCGAUUCGUCUUAGGCGAUUGGGCGUCCCGCGAGCCCAAGGCAAAGUGCGCCUGCAAGACCCACAAGGAAUCCAUCUCUGCCGUGAAAACGGCGUCGAGAUCGGCUGGAUUCUUAACGGCCGUCACCCAGACUGGGAUUGUUUGCGGGCUCCAGGAGGUCAUCACGGCGGAGACGCUCUCGCAGCGUUACUGCUUCCUCGCCGAGAUGGCCCACGCCGUCCCCGAACUGUCCAUCCUGGUCCAUGACGACGCCUGUCAUGUCCGGGUCUUUGCCCGGUGCCGGGCCGCGGAGGCGUCGCCGGACAGCUUGCCGGCCCGGCUCGGCGAGUUCCGGCACAUCGUCGACCGGCCCCAUAGCCGGGGCCACGUCGACCCGACGUGUCAGGAGUUGUGCUUCCCGGACGUCCCCGCGAACGCCGCGGCGCUGGGCUCGUUCCCAACGCCGAUCUGCGAGAGCGUGAACUCG